UAUCUGGCAGCCUUGACAAAUUUUUAGUUCAGUGGCAAAGUGACAAGCAAAAAUACGAAAAUGGUUCUGGAGAGUACUAUGAUAUGUUUUGAUAACAGCGACUACCAGCGCAAUGGAGACUACUUCCCCACCCGUCUGAACGUCCAAAAAGAUGGCAUCAAUCUCGUCUGCCUUACCAAGCUGCGUUCGAAUCCAGAGAACAACGUUGGGCUGAUGACUCUGUCCAACACCGUGGAAGUGCUGGCCACGCUCACCAGCGAUGUGGGACGGAUCUUCUCGAAAAUGCAUCUUAUCCAGCCGAAGGGUGAGAUUAACCUUCUAACCGGAAUUCGUAUUGCCCACCUAGUGCUAAAACAUCGCCAGGGCAAAAAUCACAAGAUGCGCAUCGUGGUCUUUGUGGGUUCGCCUAUCAAUCACGAGGAAGGGGAUUUGGUGAAGCAGGCUAAGCGUCUGAAGAAGGAGAAGGUCAACGUGGAUAUUGUCAGCUUCGGAGAUCAUGGCAACAACAACGAGACGCUGACCGCCUUCAUCAACGCCCUGAAUGGAAAGGAUGGGACUGGCUCUCACUUGGUUAGUGUACCCCGAGGCUCUGCUCUGUCGGAUGCUCUGCUUUCAUCGCCCAUUAUCCAAGGCGAAGACGGCAUGGGUGGUGCUGGCUUGGGUGGCAAUGUUUUUGAAUUUGGAGUGGAUCCCAAUGAGGAUCCCGAGCUUGCUCUUGCCUUGCGCGUGUCUAUGGAGGAGCAGCGCCAACGCCAAGAGAGCGAGCAGCGUCGUGCUAAUACCGACAACACAGCACCUACUACCGGUGAGGUUGGUGGCGGCUCAAAUCAGGGCAAUACCGAAAGUGCCGCAGCAAGCAGCGAAGCCAACACUGAAGAAGCCAUGCUCCAACGGGCCUUGGCGUUGUCCACUGAAACUCCCGAGGACAACUUGCCGGACUUUGCCAAUAUGACCGAGGAGGAACAGAUUGCUUUUGCCAUGCAGAUGUCGAUGCAGGACGCUUCCGAUGAUACGGUUACCCAACAAGCGAAGCGCCCGAAAACUGAUGAAGCCAAUGCUCCCAUGGACGUGGACGAGGACUAUUCAGAGGUUAUUGGUGAUCCGGCUUUCUUGCAGAGUGUGCUAGAGAAUCUGCCUGGUGUUGAUCCCCAGUCUGAAGCUGUCCGCGAUGCUGUCGGAUCCCUUAACAAGGACAAGGAUAAAAAGAACGACGCCAAGGACUCACAGGAGAAAUAAAACGCAUCUAUGAUUAUAACUUAUAAGCUCGUUUAAAAACUUUAUAUGCCCAUUAAAAUCAUUUGUAAGCCCUUUCAAAUUACGCUUCAAGUGAAAAUACAUAUAUAAAAAAUUUCA